AUGCUAUUUGCAAGUUUCUUCCUCUCUCUCUCUUUCACAACAUAUGAUGAAUACAGCUUGUUCUCUAAGGAGUCUUUACAAGUAACAAGGCCAAGUUUCCUAAAUUACAUUGUUUUUUGUUUUUUUCUCUCUCCCUUCUUUCUCUCCUCUCUCCCUUCUUUCUCUCCUCUCUCCCUUCUUUCUCUCCUCUCUCCCUUCUUUCUCUCCUCUCUCCCUUCUUUCUCUCCUCUCUCCCUUCUUUUCUCUCCUCUCUUUCCUCCUUUCUCUCCUCCUCUCCUCCUCUCCUCUCCUCCUCUCCCUCUCCUCCCCUCCCUCCUCUCCUCCCUCUCCCCUCCUCUCCUCUCCCUCUCCUCCCUCCCCUCUCCCCCCCCUCUCCUCUCCCUCCCUCUCCUCUCCUCCCUCUCCUCUCUCUCCCUCUCUCUCUCCUCCCUCUCCUCUCCUCCCCUCUCCCCUCUCCUCUCUCUCCCUCUCCCUCCCUCUCCCCUCUCCUCCCUCUCUCUCCUCCCUCUCCCUCUCCUCCCCUCUCCCCUCUCCUCCUCUCCUCUCCCUCCCUCUCCUCCCCCUCUCCUCCCUCUCCCUCUCCCUCCCUCCUCCCUCCUCUCUCCCCUCCCUCCCCUCUCCUCCCUCUCCUCCCUCCUCCUCUCCUCCCUCCCUCUCUCCUCUCCUCCCCUCUCUCCUCUCCCUCCCUUUCUCUCUCUCCUUUCUCUCCCUUCUUCUCUUCCUCUCUCCCUUUUCUCCCUCCCUUUCUCUCCUCUCAUCAUUUUCCAUUUCUUUCAUUUUUCCACCAUUUUUGCCACUUUCUCUCACGCCUCUCUCAUCCCUCUUUCCAUUUCUCUUCCUCCCCUCAUGUGUAAGACAAUGUAA